AUGAAAAGUAAAAUUAAAGAACCAAUAACUACUAAAAAAUUUAGAGAAACUAAAUGCCAAAGGUGUAAGAGGGUUUUCUAUCGAAAAUUAGUUCCUAGCAAAGGAAAUGGUAGAGAAUUAACGAAGAUUAAUGACGUUACCUACUGGGCUGAUGGCAAAAA